AUGCUUAAGGGCUAUAAGAACAUAAUGAGGAAUAAAGGCUCUUAUGUUGAACCUGGAGAAAGCUUAGGCAGAAGCUCCGACCCAUUAGCCCCUAUUACUAGACAUGUAAGGAUUGAGAAGAACGGCGCAAGAGGUCACAGAUGCCUUACUUGCCGUCCUCCUAAGGUCUUUCUCAAUACGUUAGACCUCAAAGCACACCGGGCUUCGAAACACGAUAAUGAGAAGCACAGUUGUCGUGAAACUGAGUUUGAUCUUACACUUAACAACAGCCGUUCACGUCGGUAUCACGUUGAAAACCAGUAUGUUGUUGUCAUCCUUACAUUAGUUAUAAAACCAUGA